UUGUAACAAAACAUGCUGGGAAAAGAAUGUUCUGUACAUUAUGUCAAACCAUAUGCUGGAUUCACACGCUGUUUACUAUUUUAAGGCUUAGGUAAUGCACAUAAAUGUAUGUAUGUCCUUGAGAAUUGUAUCUAGCAUUGGAGUAGACAGAGUAUAUAAGGUGGGUCUUAGAACAUUCAGAGCAUGACACUCUUAGGCAACAUGAAGGCUCUCAUUCUUCUGGCUUUGUUCACUGUGACCUAUGCCGCUCCUCUUGAUGAAGAUGAUAAAAUUGUUGGGGGAUUUGAGUGUACUAAGAAUGGUGUUCCAUACCAAGUUUCUCUGAAUAGUGGGUAUCACUUUUGUGGUGGCUCUCUGAUCAGCAACCUCUGGGUCGUGUCUGCUGCUCACUGUUACAAGUCUCGUGUCCAGGUCCGUCUUGGUGAGCAUAACAUCGAUGUUACUGAGAACACUGAGCAGUUCAUCAACUCUGACAAAGUCAUCAGGCACCCCCGAUACAACAGCAAUAAUCUGGACAAUGACAUCAUGCUGAUCAAGCUGAGCCAGCCUGCCACCUUGAACAGUUACGUUCAGACUAUCGCUCUGCCUUCAAGCUGUGCUGGAGCUGGUUCCAACUGCCUGAUCUCUGGAUGGGGCAACAUGAGCGCAAGUGGAAGCAACUACCCCAGCCGUCUAAUGUGCCUGUGGGCUCCUAUCCUGAGUGACAGCUCCUGCAAAAACGCCUACCCAGGUCAGAUCACCUCCAACAUGUUCUGUGCUGGUUUCUUGGAGGGCGGCAAGGACUCCUGCCAGGGUGACUCUGGCGGCCCAGUGGUAUGCAACAACCAGCUGCAGGGUAUUGUGUCCUGGGGUUACGGCUGUGCCCAGAGGAACAAACCUGGUGUCUAUGCCAAGGUUUGCAACUUUACCACUUGGAUCAGAGACACCGUCAACUCCAAUUAGGCUCUGAUAGAUUUUAUGAGACCAUACUCAUUUCAUUAUAUAUCAUUUGACAAGCCUAAAUAAAUGUCUGAGAACAAAUAAAAGUUUUGUCAUUGCAUUUUUUUAUAAUUUGCUGGGUUUUAUGAGAACAAAAG